UCUAAGAGCAUCUCCAACAGCCGCGCUAAACUAGCGCCGCGCCGCAAAAUAGGCCUUUUUAGCGCGCGCGCAACGCGGCGGCUCGCUCCAGCGGGCGCGCUAAAACGGCACGCGUGCGAUAACGGAUUGGGCGCGCGGUCAAAAACACUUAUCCGCGCGAUGUAUUUGGAGCGCGCGGCACACUCGAGCGCACGCGCUUGCACUCUCCCUCUCCUCGUCCUACGCCCCGCGCGCGCCGGCGUUGGUGCCCUGCCCCCCGCCAUGGACGCGCACACCGGCGCCUCGCUCACCCCGCUGUACAUCCGCGACCCCCCCCCCUCCCCCGCCGCCGCCGGAAACCCUAGCGCGGCGAGCGCUGGCGUCGCCAUCGUCGGAGCUUCGUCGAGCGUCGGCCUCGUGAGCAGCCUCUUCUUGCCGCCGCGGAUGACUACGGCGCAGGGUGGCGUUGCGUCGGCGCCAUCCCGUGCCGCCGCCGCACCGUCGAAGAAGGUACCCAAUGCGGCGCGGGCGAAGAAGGCCAAAACAUCCGCGAAGAAGAACAAGGCGGCGGAUGGCUCCGGCAUGGCGAGGGGGAAAAAGCUUGCAGGGCGUUCGACGGCCGUGGCGGCUAUUGAAGCGCCGGCGAGCUCACUUGUUGAGCCGGCCGCCGACGUGCACCACGUGUUCAACGAAAUGCCCCCAAGGUGAAAAAAUUUCCAAGUAUUUUUUUCUUCUUAUUUGUUCAAUGCAUCAUCAUUUUACAUAUAGAUAGCUUAUUUGCAUUGUUCAAAAAAAAUUGUAGUCUCAACGAUGAUGCAUACAUGUCCACUAUGGGUGUUGGGUCCAACAAAUCGCAUUGGUCUCAAACCAAUGACAUCCAUUUCGAAGACCAUGAGUUUGAGAUGGACGAGGAGGGUGAGGGAAUUGUUGAGGCACCGAGAGGAAGAGCGGGCAAUUACUCCACCACCGAUGACAGUUAUUAUGCUCCACUUAUUUGCAUGUGUCAAAGGAUCCAUCCAUUGGAGGUGAUCAAAGUAGAGACGCGUAUUGGGGGCGAAUGACAGAACACUUUAAUGCUCACAACAAGAGUGGAAUUUACCGCUUCGAGAGAUCACUUUGGUCCCGAUGGUCGACAAUCAACUCGGAUUGUCAAAAGUGGGCGGCCGCGCAAAAGUCGGUGGACAAGAUUAACCCAAGUGGCACAAAUGAGGAUGAUCGAUACAACAUUGCACAAAACUUGUUCAACCAAGAGACAAGGACAACCAAGAAGGGGAAGAUCAAGAAAGGCAG